CCGUCUCCCACUUGAGGUUGUUCUGACAGUGCGACCUCCUAUUUCAUGGAAGAAAGUUCAAGAUUGCCGUUGCCGGACGCGUUCCUUGAUUUUCUCCUGGCAAAUGGGCUUGAUCCUUCGAUGUACACUGCAAGCGAUUCGACCCCUCGUUACGUAAGGUUGAAACCUAGUUGUGAAGAUUUUGUUGAAGAGAUUGAAGAUGAGAUGAAAUGCAAGCUUGAGAAAGUGGGUUGGUUACCUGGGUUCUAUUCUCUUCCGCCUGAUAUUCAGAUUGCUAGCUCAAGGGCGUACCGAGAAGGAAAGAUUGGCAUUCAGAUGUACGGAAUUGAUGCGGCCUCUGGAGCUGCCGUCAGAGCACUAGAUGUUUCAGCAGGAGAUCAUGUCCUUGAUCUCUGUGCUGCCCCUGGUGCUAAACUGUGUAUGAUAGCAGAUAUUCUUGGCAAAUCGGGAUCUCUAACUGGAGUUGAUGUUGCAAGCCAACGUAUGGCAGCUUGUAGAACUUUGCUACAGAAAUAUGCUCUGGGUGAUCGAUGCCGACUCUUUGUUGCUGAUGGAACAACAUUUGCCCUCCUUCCUGUGAUGUUUCAUUCAGAUUCAAAAUCAUGCAAAAGUGCUGUGGAAGGAAAGGGAGAUGCAUUCAGGGAGUGGACAUCUAGAAGACCAUAUAAAGAAAGAAAAAAAGCAAAUAAAGUUAUGAAAACCAUUUCUUCACAGUUGGUCCGGGGGACUCAAAAUCAAGAACUUAUAUUUUAUGGGCGGCAUUCUGGAGUGGUUGGGCUCACUAGAAGUGAAUUAUAUCAACCUGCUUGUGAAUGUGAGGUUUCAAGGCGGGGCUAUGACAAGGUCCUUGUGGAUGCAGAGUGCACUCAUGAUGGGUCAAUUAGACAUAUUCAAAAAUUUGAACAAUGGGGUUGGACAACUUUUCAGCGCCGUGUUUUGGAUGCAGAAAGAACUGAUAGCUUGACUGCUCUUCAGUUGAGACUUCUGAGCAAUGGUUUUAACCUGCUAAAAGUUGGGGGAUCCCUGGUCUACAGCACUUGCAGUUUAACAGUUGCUCAAAACGAAGAUGUCGUAGAGCAGUUUCUCAAGGAACAUGCUUCUGCUGAGCUGCGGGAGGUGGAGGAUGCCAAAAAUUGGCCUUGCAAUAGCGGGCGGAUACCAAAGACCUUGCGCUUUGACCCUUUGACAUCACAAACUAGUGGCCUCUUUGUAGCAAAGUUCAUGAAAUUGGCCAUUUAAUGAGGAGUUUCCCUGGUUGAAUCUUUUGCCCUUGUGGAAAAAAACUGCUCAUUGGCUGCUAACCUGUCACGAAAGGGAUUGAUGUAGUCCUAUAGUAUGAGUUGAACGAUC